UUUCAACCAAAUGUCCGCUCAUUUGUGUUGAUCUCAACAUUGCUUUCGUUUAGAGUUUUGUUUUAGUUUUUCGUUUCAUUUAUUAAUUCAUUAAUUCAUCCAAACAUUCAAAACACGAUUUAAUCGCAAAAAUAUGUCAAAUCAUGAAUUUGAGGAUCAAAUGACCACUUCUUCGACUUCGUCUUUAGGUUACACAUCCCUGUCUUCGGCCGAGGGGUCGACACUGAAUGAGAGUGUGUCCGAAGCGGCCAUAUAUUCAAUAUGUGGUGUCUGUGCCAUGAGUUUCCAUCACCUGUUCCCACACCCUUGGGAUCGAGCUUUUUGUGAGACAACGAUGACUGAAAUGAUCAGACAUUUG